GUCAGAGCAGAACUAUAUAAAAGGCAGAAGCUUCUCACAGCACCUCAGUCCAUUACUUCCUGGGCAAUCUCUUCCAGUGCCUGUGAAAGUUUUAUCCAGUUCCUUUUAAGAUGUCUUGUCAGCAGAGCCAGCAACAGUGCCCGCCGCCUCCUCCCAAGUGCAAGACUCCCAAGUGCCCUCCUGUCUCAUCAUGCUGUGGCUCCAGCUCUGGUGGCUGCUGUGGCUCCAGCUCCGGGGGCUGCUGCAGCUCUGGGGGUGGCAGCUGCUGCCUGAGCCACCACAGGCCCCGCUUCUCCCUCCGUCGCCGACGUCACAGCUCUGGAUGCUGUAGCAGUGGUGGCAGCUGCUGUGGCAGUAGCUGUGGCAGCAGUGGCGGCAGCAGCUGCUGUGGCGGCAGCAGCAGUGGCGGUGGCAGUGGAGGCAGCAGUGGUGGCAGCUGCUGUGGCAGUAGCUGUGGCAGCAGCUGCUGUGGCGGCAGCAGUGGCGGCGGCAGUGGUGGCAGCAGCUGCUGUGGUGGCAGCAGCAGUGGCGGUGGCAGUGGAGGCAGCAGUGGUGGUGGCAGCUGCUGUGGCGGCAGCAGUGGAGGCAGCAGUGGCGGCAGCAGUGGCAGCAGCUACUGUGGCAGUAGCGGUGGCGGCGGCAGCAGCAGCCAGCAGUCUUCAGGCUCUGGCUGCUGCUCUGGAGGUUGCUGCUAACCUGGGGAAGAGGACCAUGGCGAUCAGUGCUGACCUGAUGGAAGGAAGACCUGCCAGCCAGCAUCUCCUCUUCGCUGGCUUUCUUUCUUGCAGAAACACUUCUGUAACGCUCCCUUUGCCCUUUCUUCAUCCCCACAAAACUCAUCUACCGGGAGGUCUUGAGGUCUCACCUUUGAGACUCAUUGGCUUUGCUUUUUCUCUCAGACACAACAGUCUGGGGAUGAGAUGUUGAAAAAUCAGCUCUGUAGUUCUUUUCUGGGUAACAAUAAAGCUUUUGAUUCAUGA